AUGCUUGGAUUCAUGAUGGAAUUGCUUCGUCAGCAGAGAGAGAUGAUGGCAAUGAACCAGCAGCUCGUGGCGACGAUGCUCCGGAGAAUGGAUCUGGAGGAAGAGAGAAGGAACAAAGCGGAAGAGAAAGUUCUUGAGGCAGCUGAAGCGGCCAAGCAGGCAGCAGAGGCAGCUAAGACUCGGGACCCCUUCCAGCCGAGCACUGCUCCCGCGAGCAGUUCUGCCGCUAGUUCGGUAGCUCCGGCAGUUCCGUCUCCCUCCGGGUACUCUGGUGCUGGAGGCCGUGCAGAGAAGUAUCUGCCGAACCUUCCGGUGAUAGACCAUCAAGGCAUGGGGAAAGGGCGCAUGAAGGAGGUAGAGACUUGGCACUCCUUUAUGGAGACGCUGAGUUCCUGGCUUGCCCUGCAGGAAGAAGCGUUUGUUCGGGAACUGCAGCUUUGUAUCCUUGUGAAGAAGGAGAUUGUGCAAGCUGACUUGAAUCCCGAGACUGCCGCACGUAGCUCCAAGCUGUUCUACUACUUGACGCAGUCCCUCGCCAAGUGGGAGCGGGGAAGCGAGCUCUUGAGGUCCUGCUCGAAGAGGCAGGGGCAGAGCGCCUGCGGCUACGAGGUGAUUAGAACGAUUACCUCUCAGUACUCCAUCGUGUCGCGGAUGGAAGCUGUCUUCGUGAGAGAACAGGCUUUGAAGUUGUACCAGCACGUUGGGCAUUUGAAGAGGCCCACCGACUUGAUUCGACAUCUUGAGGAUUCGUUUUCGAAGUCUGAAGCGAAGCUGAGCAACUUUCCGGAGCUUCUGCUGUCUGAGGCUGAUCGCUGCUCUGUCCUGUUACAGAGCUUGGGUGCAGAAGUACGUCAGUACGUGGUACUGCACGGGUCCAGCUCGAACUGGGAAGCUCUUCGAAGGACGCUGACUUACUACGAGGAGCAGCUGCGACUGUGUGAGGCCCCUGGGUCUUCGGGCCGAGCCUUGCAGGAGAAGCUUUGCGACUACUGCGGGAAGAAGGGACACACAGCCGACAAGUGUUGGCAGCGCCAAAAGGAAGAACGUGAACGCGGUGGUGCUCCGAAGGGCAAAGGGAAAGGAGACAAAGGAAAGCCGAAAGGCAAAGGCGACCAGACUCCCAAGGGAUCUGGCACACCCCGUGGUUCCGAGAAGGGCAAGGGCGACAAAGGAAAAGGCGACAAAGGAAAGGACAAAGGCAAGAAGCAGAAGAAGAAGAAGAAGGGACAGCCUGGAAAGGGACGCUCCUUGACAGAGCCGGAGUCCGAGGCCGAGUCGGGAGGAAGCGCCACAGUGAUGGCGAUGAGGUUUUCCUGUCCUGGGCGUGGUUCUUCGGAGCCUUCUUCUUCGGAACGCCGUGUUCUGAGACAGCCUGAGAAGCCUGAGCCGUCCGCCCUUGUAGUUCCGAAGCCGGGUUCAGGACCCGAAGGGUCGCCUGGGUCUGAGAGUCGAGGUUCUGAGUCUAUGGGCUCCUUAGGAUCCCGUAUGUUGAAGUACGGCGACGUAGCUCAUGUCUGCAAGGCCCUCGAGACUACUCCUGGGGACCUGUGGCUAGUUGAUAGUGGAGCCACCUGCCACAUUGUUUCUGACAAGCAUCUCUCAGGAUUUCGUGUUGUCAAGAAGUACGACCGAACGGCCAAUCUGUUCAACGCCUCGGGUGGUGCGAUCGUCGUAUCGGGGGUUGUCGACCUUGAGGUUCACUUUGGUGACGUUUUCCUGAGGUUGGAAGAGGUCUUGGUGGCGGAUGUUGGGUUCAACGUUGUUUCGCCUUGGGCCGGGUCGGAACGGGGCUGGAAAACCUAUCUAGCCAAAUCGGGAUCACGAUUGUACAAAGGAAACGGAAAGAAGAGCAUCAAGCUGAUGGGCGCUUCGCGCGCCUGGUGGGCUCUGAGCGGGAGGUCCAAGGGCCGGGGGAAAGAGAAUUCUUCCAGACGCCCCCCGAAAGGGAUCGAGGACAUGGAGAUAGAUGCCUUGAAGGACCGCGACCUGCUAGGAUCGAGCAAGGAGUCCACCGCAGGACCCCAGAAGCCUGGAGAAGGAAUCCUGAAGAAAGGAAGAAAGACUUCGGAAGAAGACGAGUCUGGCCGCCACGCUUUGGCUGUUCCAGAUUCGCAGUAUUCUGAGAGCGAUGCUGAUGGUAGCAUUGCAGCUGGUUGGGUCUUGCUCGAUGGCAAGUGA